AUGCGAGUCCAACUUGGUCCAUUUGUCGACGAGCUCCAAUCUGACAAAACCGCAUCGUUCCAUUUCGCUGAAGGCGUCAUCGAGGAGGAUCUUCCAGGUGAAUACGGGGAGUAUUUUGGAAACCCUCCUCACCUUCGAUUUUUCAAAUAUGAGGCUGGAGUCGAGCCUCUAGACAUCUUAAACGGCUUCCGGGAUUUUGACAAUGGGGGGACCCCAGAAGAUGCAAUGCGAGAUUUUCUCGGAGAUGAAAGCGUCCCUCUACGUGAAGACGUCCAGAGAAUGCUGGAUGAUCUUCAUCAAGUUGUCCAUGAAGAAGGACCAUUCCAGGGUGUAAUUGGAUACUCCGAAGGCGCCACGGUCGCUGCAACGCUUCUACUCAACGAGCAGAGGAGAUGCCGGGAUGCCGGGUCGAGCAGCACGUUCAAAUGCGCCAUAUUCUUUGCCGGCUGGCCCCCGCUUGCGUCAGAAGGGGAGAAUUCUCUCUUGCUUUCCGAUCAAGUAGGUCAAAUUAUCACGGUCCCAACCUGCCAUGUAAUUGGUGCUGCGGACCCUUACUUGCAAGGCUGCAUGGCGUUGUUCAAUGUAUGUGAUAGUGAGACGGCCGAAAUGUUCGAUCACGGGAAAGGGCAUCUUAUUCCUCGGGAUAGAAGGACGGUUAAGGAAUUAGCUGACGUCGUGCGAAAGUUCAUUGAAAAAGCUGAGAGUCGUCGGCAUUAG